CUCCACCACCUACAAAGAUAGAUACACGCACAUCAAUUUUGUGUGUAUAUCUUUCUAGGGUUUCAAUUUCAAUUUCAAUUUCAAUUUCAAUUUCCCCCCUUACGAAUGGCGAAGAAGAGGAAAUCCGAAGCGUCGCGCCUCGACGAGGUCGAUCGAGGGAUGUACACCACUUUCUGCAGCGCGGCCAACUCCCUCUCCCAGCUCUACACCCACGCGAUGCACCAGCAGCGCCUCUCCUUCCAAGCCGGUGAACGCCACUCGCUGGAAAAGCUUUACAAUUGGAUUUCAAGGCAGCAAGAGCAAGGAGUUAGAGUGAUGGGUGGCGACAUACUCGCAUAUCUGCAGAACGAACUUGAUUAUGGAACAGAAGAACCUCCCCUGUCCCAUAGGCAGCAGCAAGCGCAGCCGCAACCUCACCCUCAACAACAGCCUAAUAAUUUAAUGCAGUUACCUCAAACAGGAGUUCCCCUAUCUUCUAAUGCGUUUGGUCCUGCAACUACUGGACAAGGACUUCGAGCAGGAAAUUUAGAUCAAAGUAAGAAUUAUGUGUUUUCAAAUGCUCUCUCUAGUCCAGUGCGUCGCACUCUCCAGCACUAUCACUUAUCACAAGGUGGUUUCUCCUCGAACAAUGCCACAAGGAGCAAUGAGAACAGCAACAGUCAAAACAGAGACGCCAACCCUCUCAGUUCCAACGACACUUUAAUGGAUAUGCAUUCUGAUAGUCCAGGUCACGACUCUCCUUACUGAAGUAGUCCAAUGUAUGUUUUGGAGUCGGAGAAUCCCAUCCGGUGAUGAGAAAGCGAUGAAAUUAUGAUGAUGAUGGUGGUACUAAAAGAAGCAAAUUGCGAAGGGGGAGUAAAAGAAAUCGAUUGAAGUGUGAAAAGGGGGGUGUUGAAUAGCUUGAAGGGAGACAUGGUUUCUGUUGGUGUUUAUGUUUGUCUAGUAUUGUCCUUCUCUGUUUCUUAUGUUUUUGGAACAUCGAAUGUGUCGAAAUAUCCUUUAUAUAGAUAUAUUCAUUUAGUUUUUCUCGUCUUA